UAAUGGUGACAUACCCACGACUCAUCGGUACACACUGAUAUGUAUUUGCAUACACUAUACUGACACUUGUAAUUAGUAUGAAUCCGUACAAAAUUAGACUAAAAUUGUUACAAUUAAGUACACUUUGUUGACAAUUUAAAUCAUUUUUGAAACUUCUAUGUAACUGAUCAAGUAUGUCGUUGCUUGCGAUAUUUACACGGGCUGUUUUAUUUUUAACUCUCGGUGCUGGUCUUCAACUUGCAUUUAGUUCUCCUCUGGAGAAACCUUGCACCCUUAUUUAUAAUGGGCGUACAAUUCGGAUCGAAUUGUUGGAUAGGUCGGAUCCAGUGCCUGGUUUUAUUAGCCGUGAUGAAAACGUGGCAAUUAUUCUCAAAGGGAAAAAGAUCAGGGUGGAGUGCGUCGAGGACGACUACGUUUUCCAAGAGCUUAACGUUGGAAUACUGGAACUAGGCUGUUUUUCUGGAAAAUUAAAAAAUUCGGAUCACAUUAUUACUGCAAAUCUUGAUGCUGUAAGUCUCGACUGCGUUCAUUCUAGCAGGGCCCCAUUUGGCGAAUUGACUCGCAAUGGGACCUGUGUCACUGGAGCCACAAACAUUGAUGUACACGUCACUUCACACUCUGGCGAAUCUCGUCACCUUUACUCGGUCUGUUUUGACGAGAUCACGUCCACCACGUUGUACUCGAAAAGUAGCAUCGAUGGAAAAUUGCUCGCUUCAGCGGGGUCGGAAACCCGGUUAUUUCCAAGAUCAAGGAUUUUUUCCAUUCGACUUGAAAAAAGCUUACACACGGAAACAACAGAAGAUUACGUUGACAAAUUUGCUGGGAGCAAAAAAGUUUGCGGAAUAUGUGUCAAAACAUGGAGAAAGCUAUUUUCUUCAGAGGGGCCACCUUUACCCAAAUGCUGAUACGUUUUACAAAUACGAAAGUUGGGGAACUUAUUUCUUCAUAAAUGCCGUGCCGCAAUGGGGGAUUUUAAACUUGGGGAACUGGGAGGCGGUGGAGAUAUCAUUUCGCAAAAUGGCAACCAAAUUAGCAUCUCACGUCACGAUUUACACGGGAACACAUAAAGUUCUCACAUUAAAAGAUGGUGCCGAAAGGGACGUCGAAAUUUGGAUAGGAUUGGAAACAAAGGAUAAAAUUAAGCGACUUCCGGUUCCAAAAUUCUUGUGGAAGGUGGGCUAUAGUGAAGUAGAAGACGCAGCGAUUACCGUCGUGCAAAUAAAUAAUCCGUGGGAAUUGAAUAGAGACGAUUACCUUCUUUGUCACGACAUUUGUGACGAGUUGGAUUGGUUUAAAGUGACGAAACGUUUUUCGGUCCAGCAUGGAUACACGUAUUGCUGCGAUGUCAAUGCGUUACGAAAGCAAGUUAAAACUAUUCCAGAAUUUACGUACUCGAAAAUUUUAAAAACCUCUUAA